AUGAAUUCUUUCCUGCUCACAAUCAGCUUCUUUGCUUGUCAGCUUUUCACUUCGGUGAUUAGUACAUGUCCUACUGGUACAGCCAUUGACGCGUAUGAUUAUUGCUUCUAUCCAUUCCCCGAUCCGAUGACUCAAGGAGAAUAUCUCCAAACCAACUACGAGGAUGCAAAGCGAAACUGUGCCUAUAAGCUCACGGAAAGCAAACUUGAUAACAGU